UUCGAGUGUGCCAUGUGCUUCGAGUGUGCCAUGUGCGCCAUGUGUUUCGAGUGUGCCAUGUGCGCCAUGUGUUUCGAGUGUGCCAUGUGCUUCGAGUGUGCCAUGUGCUUCGAGUGUGCCAUGUGCUUCGAGUGUGCCAUGUGCUUCGAGGGUGCCAUGUGCUUCGAGCAUGCCAUGUGCUUCGAGCGUGCCAUGUGCAUCGAGUGUGCCAUGUGCUUCGAGCGUGCCAUGUGCUUCGAGCGUGCCAUGUGCUUCGAGCGUGCCAUGUGCUUCGAGUGUGCCAUGUGCUUCGAGUAUGCCAUGUGCUUCGAGUGUGCCGAGUGCGCCAUGUGUUUCGAGUGUGCCAUGUGCUUCGAGUGUGCCAUGUGCUUCGUGGGUGCCAUGUGCUUCGAGCGUGCCAUGUGCUUCGAGUGUGCCAUGUGCUUCGAGUGUGCCAUGUGCGCCAUGUGUUUCGAGUGUGCCAUGUGUGCCAUGUGUUUCGAGUGUGCCAUGUGUUUCGAGUGUGCCAUGUGCUUCGUGUGUGCCAUGUGUUUCGAGUGUGCCAUGUGUUUCGAGUGUGCCAUGUGCUUCGAGUGUGCCAUGUGCUUCGAGCGUGCCAUGUGCUUCGAGCGUGCCAUGUGCUUCGAGCGUGCCAUGUGCUUCGAGCGUGCCAUGUGCUUCGAGCGUGCCAUGUGCUUCGAGCGUGCCAUGUGCUUCGAGCGUGCCAUGUGCUUCGAGCGUGCCAUGUGCUUCGAGCGUGCCAUGUGCUUCGAGUGUGCCAUGUGCUUCGAGUGUGCCAUGUGCUUCGAGUAUGCCAUGUGCUUCGAGUGUGCCAUGUGCGCCAUGUGUUUCGAGUGUGCCGUGUGCUUCGAGUGUGCCAUGUGCUUCGCGGGUGCCAUGUGCGCCAUGUGUUUCGAGUGUGCCUUGUGUUUCGAGUGUGCCAUGUGGUUCGAGUGUGCCAUGUGCUUCGAGUGUGCCAUGUGUUUCGAGUGUGCCAUGUGCUUCGAGGGUGCCAUGUGCUUCGAGGGUGCCAUGUGCUUUGAGUGUGCCAUGUGCUUCGAGUGUGCCAUGUGCUUCGAGUGUGCCAUGUGCGCCAUGUGUUUCGAGUGUGCCGUGUGCUUCGAGUGUGCCAUGUGCUUCGCGGGUGCCAUGUGCGCCAUGUGUUUCGAGUGUGCCUUGUGUUUCGAGUGUGCCAUGUGGUUCGAGUGUGCCAUGUGCUUCGAGUGUGCCAUGUGUUUCGAGUGUGCCAUGUGCUUCGAGGGUGCCAUGUGCUUCGAGGGUGCCAUGUGCUUUGAGUGUGCCAUGUGCUUCGAGUGUGCCAUGUGCUUCGAGUGUGCCAUGUGCGCCAUGUGUUUCGAGUGUGCCGUGUGCUUCGAGUGUGCCAUGUGCUUCGCGGGUGCCAUGUGCGCCAUGUGUUUCGAGUGUGCCUUGUGUUUCGAGUGUGCCAUGUGGUUCGAGUGUGCCAUGUGCUUCGAGUGUGCCAUGUGUUUCGAGUGUGCCAUGUGCUUCGAGGGUGCCAUGUGCUUCGAGGGUGCCAUGUGCUUUGAGUGUGCCAUGUGCUUCGAGUGUGCCAUGUGCUUCGAGUGUGCCAUGUGCUUCAAGUGUGCCAUGUGCUUCGAGUGUGCCAUGUGCUUCGAGGGUGCCAUGUGCUUGGAGGAUGCCAUGUUCUUCGAGCGUGCCAUGUGCUUCGAGCGUGGCAUGUGCUUCGAGCGUGCCAUGUGCUUCGAGCGUGCAAUGUGCUUCGAGCAUGCCAUGUGCUUCGAGCGUGCCAUGUGCUUCAAGCGUGCCAUGUGCUUCGAGCGUGCCAUGUUCUUCGAGUGUGCCAUGUGCUUCGAGUGUGCCAUGUGCUUUGCGGGUGCCAUGUGCUUCGAGCGUGCCAUGUGCUUCGAGCGUGAAAUGUUCUUCGAGUGUGCCAUGUGCGCCAUGUGUUUCGAGUGUGCCAUGCGCGCCAUGUGUUUCGAGUGUGCCAUGUGUUUCGAGUUUGCGAUCUGCUUCAAGUGUGCCAUGUGCUUCGAGCGUGCCAUGUGCUUCGAGCGUGCCAUGUGCUUCGAGAGUGCCAUGUGCUUCGAGUGUGCCAUGUGCUACGAGUGUGCCAUGUGCUUCGAGUGUGCCAUGUGUUUCGAGUGGGCCAUGUGCGCCAUGUGUUAUGAGUGUGCCAUGUGCGUUAUGUGUUUCGAGUGUGCCAUGUGCUUCGAGUGUGCCGUGUUCUUUGAGCGUGCCAUGUGCUUCGAGUGUGCUGUGUGCUUCGAGUGUGCCGUGUGCUUCGAGUGUGCCGUGUGCUUCGAGUAUGCCAUGUGCUUUGAGUGUGCCGUGUGCUUCGAGUGUGCCGUGUGCCUCGAGUGUGCCGUGUGCUUCGAGUGUGCCGUGUGCCUCGAGUGUGCCUUGUGCUUCGAGUGUGCCGUGUGCUUCGAGUGUGCCGUGUGCCUCGAGUGUGCCGUGUGCUUCGAGUGUGCCGUGUGCCUCGAGUGUGCCGUGUGCUUCGAGUGUGCCGUGUGCUUCGAGCGUGCCGUGUGCUUCGAGUGUGCCGUGUGCUUCGAGCGUGCCAUGUGCUUCGAGCGCUCCAUAUGCUUCGAGUGUGCCAUGUGCUUCGAGUGUUCCAUGUGCUUCGUGCGUGCCAUGUGCUUCGAGUGUGCCAUGUGCUUCAAGGGUGCCAUGUGCUUCGAGUGUGCGUUGUGCUUCGAGUCUGCCAUGUGCUUCGAGUGUGCCAUGUGCUUCAAGUGUGCCGUGUGCUUCGAGUGUGCCAUGUGUUUCGAGGGUGCCAUGUUCUUGGAGCGUGCCAUGUGCUUCGAGCGUGCCAUGUGCUUUGAGCGUGCCAUGUGCUUCGAGAGUGCCAUGUGCUUCGAGUGUGCCAUGUGCUUCGAGUAUGCCAUGUGCUUCGUGCAUGCCAUGUGCUUCGAGCGUGCAAUGUGCUUCGAGCGUGCCAUGUGCUUCGAGCGUGCCAUGUGCUUCGAGCGUGCCAUGUGCUUCGAGCGUGCCAUGUGCUUCGAGUGUGCCAUGUGCUUCGAGAGUGCCAUGUGCUUCGAGUGUGCCAUGUGCUACGAGUGUGCCAUGUGCUUCGAGCGUGCCAUGUGUUUCGAGUGGGCCAUGUGCGCCAUGUGUUUCGAGUGUGCCAUGUGCGUUAUGUGUUUCGAGUGUGCCAUGUGCUUCGAGUGUGCCGUGUUCUUUGAGCGUGCCAUGUGCUUCGAGUGUGCUGUGUGCUUCGAGUGUGCCGUGUGCUUCGAAUGUGCCGUGUGCUUCGAGUAUGCCAUGUGCUUUGAGUGUGCCGUGUGCUUCGAGUGUGCCGUGUGCCUCGAGUGUGCCGUGUGCUUCGAGUGUGCCGUGUGCCUCGAGUGUGCCGUGUGCUUCGAGUGUGCCGUGUGCUUCGAGUGUGCCGUGUGCCUCGAGUGUGCCGUGUGCUUCGAGUGUGCCGUGUGCCUCGAGUGUGCCGUGUGCUUCGAGUGUACCGUGUGCUUCGAGCGUGCCGUGUGCUUCGAGUGUGCCGUGUGCUUUGAGUGUGCCGUGUGCUUCGAGUGUGCCGUGUGCUUCGAGUGUGCCGUGUGCCUCGAGUGUGCCGUGUGCUUCGAGUGUGCCGUGUGCUUCGAGUGUGCCCUGUGCCUCGAGUGUGCCGUGUGCUUCGAGUGUGCGGUGUGCUUUGAGUGUGCCGUGUGCUUCGAGUGUGCCGUGUGCUUCGAGUGUGCCGUGUGCCUCGAGUGUGCCGUGUGCUUCGAGUGUUCCGUGUGCUUCGAGUGUUCCGUGUGCUUCAUGGCGGGUGGAAAUGACAUGCGGCAGUUUGGGGUUUGCGUAAUUGAUGGGGAGGUGUUUGUGUGAGGAGCUUGGUGCACAUUAGAGGAAGGGGAUUUAGGGGGUUGGACUGAAAUUUCGACCCCCAAAGUCAAUUGGUUGGAACUCCAACCAAUUUCCACCACUUCAACCGCGCUAACCUCCCCUGCAUGGGGUUGAGCAUAAACCCGACCCGACCCGACCUGACCCGACUUUGCCCUACCCGAUGUCGGGUCGGGUCGGGUCAAGUCAGGUCGCAGUUCAGGAAAUGUCAACCCGACCUGGGUUUAAUAGGUCGGGUACUACCUGACCCGAUUUCGGGUCGGGUCGGGUCAGGUUGGCAUAGGGGCAGGGACGGGUAAUAAGCCGACCCGACGGGUCUGGUUUAGUCGGUCAGGUCGGGUCGGGUCGGGUACCCGAGGGUCAGGUCAACCCUCCGCGGAUGUCGACCCGACCCGUCAAAAAGUCGGGUUCGGGUCGGGUUACCUGACCCGACCCAACCCGUUGCUCAAGCCUGCAUCUACAGAAUCCAACCCGCACCCCUCUAACACGCUCCACAUGAGCUCCACAUGAGACAGGCACCACUUUUCCCCAUCUCCCGUCAUUUUCACUUACCUAACUCCGCGCGAGCCGCCAUGGCCUCGCCAUGUGGUGUGGGGAAACAUGUUUUCAAGCAGAAAACAGUGGCCCUUGGUGUGACGUGAUAUUAU